GCGAGCGAAAAAUCUGCGCCGCGUUUCAGCGGGAGCGCAACUUAUAUGGCAACAGAGCGCAGCGCCACAGAGCAGCAAAAGCCAAAAGUCGGCUGGCAAGCAAAAUCUGGCGGGCCAUUUCCGCCAGAGGCCGAAAAGGCCAUAGGGGCGCGUGCCAGGGAGGGGGAGGAGGAGGAGGAGGAAAAGGAGGGGGAGGAGGAGGAGGAGGAGGAGGAAAAGGAGAGCGGCCGGCUAGUAUCAUACUCUCACCAUACCAUGGUCAUCAUAAUAAUUGAGCCUCAGGCGCAGGCUGAAGCCCAUCCAUUGAAAUGUGCAUUCGUCUAUUUGCAGACGUGAUUGCGGGCGAACGGCACGCGUGAGCAAACAAUGGUGUGCGUUUGCAAGGUUGGUUGAAUUAAGCAACGCGCAAAGGUCCAUCGCGCAUGCGAAUGCCAUGUCUGAAGCUGCCUGCCAUCGUGCUUAUAUGCGUCAGGCAAGGCGCGAAGCCCAGCUGACCACCAAAUGCAUGCGCGCAAACUCUGAUUCUGAUUGGCCCGCACCGAUGUCAGUACUAGUGCUGCGACAUGGGGCACGUCAACAGCGUCAUGCGUCCUCGAAACACAAAGGGCCAUCAGCCUUGCGGAACCUGUAGAACGGCCCAUGUGCUGCUGAUCUGAAGGUACCAUGCCUGCGAAUACCCAUACCGGUUGACUCCCAUCUCACACGAUGAGAAUGCACCCCUUCGCCUCGACGCCAAACAUCCGCUCAAAUGUGACUGAUGCGCAAGAUAAAGCGCAUUGCAAUUGAUCGCGCGACAAAGAUUACGUGCCACAGGGUGCCCGCUGCUGGCUACGCGGUCUUCCGGUUCUCGCAGCACAUCUGCACAAUCAAAAUCGCUCAAUCUCUCUUGCUCACCAUGCCCAUGCAGGCUCCAGGCAGACUAGAACCCAGCACGCAGUGCCGUCGCGCACCAAUCGGCGGAGGAGGUGGGAGGGGAGGGAGAGAAGAGGGAAAGGCAUGGAAGGGCACUUUGGCGCAAGAGACCCGGCAUCAACGGUGCCGCUCCACCCGGUCGCAUCGCGAAACCUCAUGCAAUUCCUGAAUCUUGGCGUUGACGAUGUCGCAGUCCCGGCAAGCACUGAAAGCCUGGCACAUUGCCCUGCGCUGGGAAUCUCCAAGGGUAGCUGCGAAAUCCCUCAGCACUACGAUCCCUAGCGCCCCCGCGGAGUGAGGACGCUUCACGACGCACUGAAGCAGAACUGCAACGACCUCGCUGAAAUGCUCUGAAGCGCGAGGUACUUUGAAGCGUGGCAACAUACGCCCCAAGGCACCAAGCAACUGCACUGCAGACUCCAUCUGCAGGUCAUCAUCGGACAAAGCUGCUUGCUUAAGAACGUAGAUCCACUUGCCAUGGGCGUAAGCAUGCCAUUCAGAAUC